AUGUUGCUGCUUUCUCCCCUAUUCCUCGGAGCGGCCUCCGCCGUGCUCGUCGCAGUCUACCUCGUCCGCUGCGUCUCGUCGCCGCUGUGGAAAGUGCCCGGCCCGCGGAUAUCGGCCUUCACGUCCCUCGUCCUGAAAUGGCACGAGCUGCGCGCCAACAGGACGAGAUACGUCCACGGCCUGCACCAAAAGUAUGGCCCGGUCGUCCGGGUCGCGCCGAACGAGGCCUGCUUCACCUCCUACGAGGCCGUCAAGGAGAUUUACUGCUCUGGCGGCAGCGGCUACGACAAGACGGAGUUUUACGACCUGUUCAGAGUCUAUGGACGGAGGUGUGUGAUGGGCAUUGUGUUUGAUGAAGGCGGCAUUCGCUUACAUUUUCAGGACCAUGUUCACAACGCUGAACAAGGAAGAUGUACGCCCCCCCGGGGCGUCAUGAUUAUGAUUCGACUUGAAAAGCAGAAGGAAAUCAGCUUACCAUGUCGCCAGCACGCGAAGCGGAAGAGAAUCAUCGCAGACCGGUACGCGAACAGCAACGUCCUGCGGCCGGCGCCCCUGAGCGGGAUCCAGGAGAGGUCGCAACGGUUCAUCAACCGAUGCGAGGCGUCCGUAGGCAAGAGCCACGACAUCUUUAUGAGUCUUCACUCGUACGCUUGCGACUGCGUCACACAUCACCUGUUCCACCCGUACGGCAGUAAUUGCCUCGAGAACGAGGCGGAUGAGGAGAUGAUGCAUCAGGUCGCCGCCGAUGACAGCCUGCAGAACCGCCUCGUCCAGCACUACAGCCCUACGCUGCACAAGCUCCUCUCCAGGAUCCUCUACCUCUUCGCUAAGCCGCGCGAGACGCCCCUCGCCGACACCUUCGUCAUCGAGUCCAGCAAGAAGCUCGACCCGGCCUCGUUCACGCUUCUGAGCCGGCUGCACGAGAAGUCGAGCGGCGGCCAGCAGGGGCUGGAUCAGCUCGACAUGGCGGGCGAGUGCCUCGACCACAUGGCGGCGGGCAUCGACACGACGGGCGACGGGCUGUGCUUCCUCAUGUGGGAGCUCUCGCAGCCGCGUUCGCUGCGGUUCCAGGAGGCGCUGCGGCGGGAGCUGAGGGAGAACGCCGGGGCCGCGGGCGCCGCGGCGUUCGACAGGCUGCCGUUCCUGGAUGCCGUUGUGCAGGAGGGCCUGCGGUGCUUCCCCGCCAUACCCAUGUCCCUGCCGCGGUACGUGCCCCGGGGCGGGCGGACCAUUGACGGGUAUUCCAUCCCGGAGGGGACUGUUGUCAGUUGCCAGGCGUACUCUGUCCACCGCAUCAACGAGGAAGUGUUUCCCGAGCCCGACGUGUUUGAUCCGAACAGGUGGAUGGAGGCGACGGGUGACGCCGAGAGGAAGCGGCUCAUGUUUGCGUUUGCCAACGGAGGCAGGGGCUGUGUUGGAAAGCAUCUAGCACUCGCCGAGAUGAAGACGCUCCUGGCGGACAUCUACUCCCGAUACACGACGCUCCCCGAGAGGUCGAUGACGGCGGAGUCGAUGGCCAUGUCGGACCAGCUCAUCUCAUCGCGGCCGCUGGGCCAGAGGUGUUUGCUGCAGUUUGUCCCUGUUGGUGAGAAACAAGAAUAG